ACAAAACCUAAUUCAAAUAUUGCGCAAUCAUCCACACGUCCAUCACGCAGUAGGCAGAUUGAAACAAAUAACCGGAAACGCGGUCGCACUUUUAAUACGCCCAAUCGUGAAUUAAAAUGUUAUUCAUGUUUUGAAAUAGGCCACCCGCAACGUUUUUGCCCUAAACGACUUAAACAGCCUGACGCAAACCCCAACAAAGACGAGAAAAAGCCUUCUGCCACCUCGUCUAAUGGUAACGCGAACAUAUGUUCAUUUUGUAAGAAACCGGGUCAUGACGACACAGUAUGUUUUGCUAAGAAGCGAUCAGAAUCGCGGAAUAAAAACAAUGUAAAUUUUUGUCGAGAAUUAACGGGUAGUCCGGACGACAGUGAUAUAACAACGGCGGUUAUACAAGGCAUACCUACAGAUGUUUUGAUUGACAGUGGGUCUCGCUUCUCGUUAAUCAGUAGGUCCGUGCUUAAACAUUUUGAACACACUGUACUACCCACUUAUCAAGUUUUGCGCGGCAUAGGCGGUAGUAUCGUUUGCACUGGUUAUGUAACAUUCCUAGUUGAAUUUAGUGAUUACGCGUUGAAUGUUGAUUUAUUGCUUGUGCCCCCUGAGUGUAUUAGUGUGCCUGUGAUAAUUGGGACGGAUGCUUUGAACGGCGAGGGAAUAGCAUACAUUCGAUUAAAUGGUGAACAUUACGUUACUCAGGUUUCUAAUACUAGCGGUAAAAAGGACGUGUUACAUGUGCAAUCCAGUGAGCAACAACCGACCAAUAGUUCGCUUACCGAAAGCGAUAUCAAUAGUCCGCUUACCGGGAGCGAUCGUGAGAAAUUAUUUACAAUUAUUAAUGAUUUCAAAGACCAUUUGAUUGAGGGCACGGCCCAUACAACUGUUACUACGGGCGAGAUGCACAUUGAAUUGACAAGUAACACUCCUAUUAAUUAUAGACCGUACAAAAUGUCUAUCGAUGAGAAAUCUAAAGUGCGCGAGAUAGUUCGUGAUCUAUUAGACAAAGGUAUUAUUCGCGAGUCACAAUCACCGUACGCUAGCCCGAUACUUCUUGUUAAAAAACGCGACGGAAAAGACCGUAUGUGCGUAGAUUACCGUGCGUUAAAUGCCAUUACGGUGAAAGAUCGCUUUCCACUGCCUCUUAUCGAGGACCAUAUAGACCGUCUUGGCAAAAGCAAAUACUUUAGUUGUUUAGAUAUGGCCACUGGCUUCCAUCAGAUAGCACUGGAUGGCGAUUCGAUCCCAAAAUCAGGUUUUGUAACGCCCGAAGGCCACUUUGAAUAUCUAAAGGUCCCGUAUGGCCUUUCUAAUGCGCCUGUUGUUUACCAGCGAAUAAUAACAAAGACGCUGAAGCCACUUAUUGACGCGGGUAAAGUUUUGACGUACAUAGAUGACGUUUUAAUUUUAGCCUCAACCGUUGACGAGGCACUUGAUAACUUACGUGAAACUCUUGAAACGUUGACUUCCGCCGGGUUUUCGAUUAACUUAAAGAAGAGUACCUUUGUCGCUACAGAAGUAGAGUAUUUAGGUCGUAGGAUAUCACAUGGUCAGGUUAGGCCGAGCGAAAGAAAAGUAAAAGCCCUGAUUGACUCUCCUGUGCCUACAAACGUACGUCAAAUACGACAAUUGCUUGGGCUAGCCGGUUACUUCCGGCGAUAUAUACCCGAUUAUGCAGCUAAGACGGCUUGCAUAGCUAGAUUGACGAAGAAAGGGGUUCCGUUCAUAUGGGGUGAGGAACAGGUCGAGGCUCGAAAAUAUUUAAUUGAGUGUCUUACUAAUGAGCCCGUGCUCGCAGUAUUCGAUCCUUCGCUGCCAACGGAACUUCACACAGAUGCGAGUUCGGUUGGAUACGGCGGAGUACUGAUUCAAAUACAUAAUGAUAACCGUAGGCGUGUGGUGGCCUACUUUAGUAAGACUACUCAAGGCGCCGAACCUAAAUAUCACUCAUAUGAGCUGGAAACCCUCGCUGUCGUGAAAGCUUUACAACAUUUCCGCCAUUACUUGCUAGGAGUUCCUUUCAAAAUAAUAACAGGGGCCUUAUUCGACAUAUUUGUUCCGCCUGAACCCGAACUGUCGAUCCGACAGAAUGAGUUGCAAAAUUGUUUUUGUAACGCAAUCUCUUUGUUUGGUACACCCAAACUUAUAGUUUGCGAUAAGGGUCGUAUGUUUGAAAGCUCUCUGUUUCAAGGUUGGGUAAAAAGUAUAGGGUCUAGCAUACAUUUUAUAACUCCUCAAAUGCACGGUGAGAAUGGACAAGUGGAGCGAUAUUGUAGAACUGUGCUUAACAUGCUUCGCGUAGAGGCCACAAAAAAUAGUCUGUGGUCUACUAGCCUUUGGAGGCUUCAACUUGUUGUUAACAGCACAAAGCAGAAAACUAUUCAAACUUCCCCUUUACAAUUGCUGGUCGGUAUUGAGGGUACGACACCGUUAAUAAGGACCCUUAUUCGCGACGUAGCUCUUGAUAACACGCAACCAAACCGUGAAGGCCUUAGAGAGUUACAAAGACAACGCGCCACUGAAUUGUUAAAUGAAAAUCAACGAAAGCAAGACGAACAUGUAAAUAAAAAUCGCCGGGCGGAGCGUAUAUUUAAAUUAAAUGAUAUGGUUUUUGUAAUUAAAACUUCGCAGAUGACUGGCAAGCUCGACUCCGGGAUGCGUGGGCCUUACCGCGUCACGAGAGUGCUGCCUAACGGUCGCUACAACCUGCGACUGAUUGGUGGCUCCUACGGCAAAACUACACAAGCCGCCGCUGAGCAUAUGGUUAUAUGGCGCGGAGAAUGGACCCCCGAGUCGUGUGGUGCCUUCUUUGACAGUGACGAGGAUACUGCAUCUGGCACGAUCUCUGAAACUAUCAGCCCACCUGCCGAUGGGAGUCAGCCGGGUCCAACUCCUAGCGCCGCGCCCGCGCCUCCUGAACCUAACAGCCAGGAGAGCCAAGCCGUAGAAUGCACGAGCCACCAGCUACCAUCUGCCAGUCACGCAAUAGAGAGCUCCGCCAGACGUAUAGACAACGGCGACAAUGACGUUCGUGACGCUAAAACGCAGGAGCCUAGACGACCAUGUGGUCGAGGGCGACCACGUGUCAGGAGAGGCCGUAAAAGGAGAUAA